AUGGAGCCGCCCCAAGAGUUGCGUAGAGGUUCCAACACAGCUGAUAACCGUGGCGGGCGGGUCCGUUCCCUGUACACAGCCCCUAUACUUCAGAGCCCUCCUGCCAACCUGGAAAAUACGCACAGCAGAACGUCGGGAUUUUCUUCGAUUCGUUACACCCAGGACCAAAACAAGACCAUGAAUGGUCUUGACCAAAACAUGCCCAAGGACCAGAACAAGGAGGGCGCUGGGUACCGGCUGCUGAAUAUGCUGAGAAUAACUCUCAAAGGGUCUGAAAUUAAAGAACCAGAAAUAACACCUGAAGUUCCAACUUUGAUACCAUUUGGGGAUGUGGUUGGCUGCAUUGCUAUUCAUAUAAAGAACUGCAGACAUUUCACGCCUAAGAUCCAUUUACAACAUUUCAAUAAUUUGUUCAUUCGCAUCUCUAUAAACAACAUUGUGAAAUGUACAAAAGUAUGUAGCUUGGCAUCCCAAAAUGGUGAAAAGUACACUACAGUUAAUUUUGAUGACACAAAGUACUUUUCUGUACAGGUUCCCAGGCGUCAAGAUGAUCAGCGGAAUAAUAUAUACUUGGAACUAAUGCAAUAUAGAAGUACAGAAAAAUAUCCUCUCUUACUAGGGAGUGUUAAGGUACACCUUUAUGAUGUAAUUCAGAAAGGGUGCUUUAUUGAAGAAUUUGAAAUGUUGCAUAAAAACAUGCCUAUCUGCAAGGUGGCGGUGGAAUUUAUGUUCUCCUAUGGAAACUUUGGUUAUGGAUUUUCACAUCAGUUAAAACCUCUUCAGAAAAUUAUCGAGCCAUCCAUGUUUAUGAAUAUUGCCCCACCUCCAGGAAGAAUAGAUCCUGUGACAAAUGUUAUUACACCACAACCGAUAGAGUAUCCAGCAUUCCUAUCCCCAGACCUGAAUGUUACUGUUGGGACGCCAGCUGUAGUGCCCAACCAGUCGUCUGUAGUGCGACUUGAAAAACUUCAGCAACAACCUCGGGAAAGGCUGGAAAAAAUGAAAAAAGAAUACAGAAAUCUGAAUACAUGGAUAGAAAAAGCUAACUAUUUAGAAAGAGUUCUUAACCCAAAAAUGGCCCAUAAAGAACUUAAGGUAAUUAACAUAAUACAUUCUCUACAUAUAACUUCUAAUACUUUUUAUUUUAAAAAGAUUCAGAAUAUACUGUAUAUAUAUUUCCCUCUUAUAAUGGAGGAAGUUGAAACUGUUCCAAGUGAGUUGCUGGAUAAUGAUGAUAAGAAAAGCCUGACUCUACCAACUCUGAACCAGUCAAAUCAAGAUAAUUCAAGUGCUGUUGCUCCUGAAAGUAAUGAAUCAACAAAGCAAACAGAUGAGUCAACAAAGCAAACAAAUGAAUCAACAAAGCAAACUCCAUUGCCUGUUAUUCCUAUCCUGAAAAUAACAGAGGAGAACCAAACAUCACCUCUAGAAGACUACCAAUCAGAAGCUGCGCUGGAGGGGGAAAAAAAUAUGUUCUUAACAUCAGAUGUAAAAUUGAAAGAUAGAUAUCCAAGGCUUUUAAAAACAGACUCAUCUUCAUCAGAGGUGAUUUUUUCACCAAAGGAAAACGUUAUACCAUAUUUCAGACCAGAAUAUAUAGAAUCCAAACCAAAAUAUCAGUUCCAGAAAUUCAACCUUAAGAAUGGUUUUGAUCCUUUUCUAAGGAAUAUAAGCAACAAAACAUCAGUCAGUAAAAGGAAAGACCAAGAUAUGUCCAAAUAUAGAAACACUUCAAGUGCAGAGAUUAUAGAGCAUGAAGACCAAGAUCCUCCUUACCCAACAUACUCAAAAACUGCAACACCUACUAAUAAAACCUGGCCCUGUGAUCCUGCCUGUGAUCCUGAUUUCAUCACAGUAAAGACUUUAGACACUAAGAAUAAUUUAGCCCGUGAUCCUAAUAUGACCACAAUAAAGACGUUAGAUACUAAGAAUAAGUUAAAAGAAAGACUAUCAAAUGUAUCUCUACCUAAUUUUGAAGGAGAAUCAUCAGUGACUGGAAAUGUGAAUACAUAUCACCUCUCAAAAUCAUUAAGUCUUACUCCCCACCUAGAAAAUUUAAAACAAUCAAUGGUGCUCAAGUCAAUUUUAAGUAAAAAUCUGCAAGACCUAGCAGAUAAAUUAUUUUCUAAACCAGAGAUUCCUAUGGACACUGAAGCAAGAAAGAAAAGUCCUAGUUCUCCACUUCUGAGUAUUCAUGAUGGAUCACAAAGUAGUUUGGAAAGUAAAGUAUUUGAAAAAGUCCAAGACUCAAAUAUCUGUCUUCCAGAAAAAGACAUGGUACAUUCAAAGUCUCUUUUAAGACAAGUAACUAAAGAUAUUCUUGCAGAUUUACUUGAAAGUGGACCAUCACUUGAAGAUGGACCAAGAAAUUCUCCAGAGGUAGAAAGAGCACUUGUUUCACCUCCAGGUGAUAAACACCUGGAGGCUGAUGAGAUCAAUUUUCCACUUACAAAAAAUAAUCUCCAGAAGCAUUCAAAAAUUGAAGUGUCUAGAUCCAAACCAGGUGUAAGUGACAUUGCACAUGAUUAUGUUAUAAAGCAAAUAUUCACAGCACCUAUCUUCUCAGAGUUGGAAGUAGGAGAGAAAGAAUCGAGCGAGACACCAGUAAAUUUGCAGAAUCAAUUACCCACAGCUUGGGAGAGUUUAUCUUCAAAUAUUCUACUUCAUUAUGAAGAAAACGAUGAUGAAAUAGAAUUGCCACAGGCCAAAUCUGUCAUAAGCCAGAUAAUACAAGCAUUUCCUGUAGAUACUCUUUUAGAAUCUGGGAUAAUCAAAGUGAUAGAGUUAGAUAAAGAAUAUCAGAAGGGUUCUGUGCAGGAUACAGAGACAGUCUUUGCUGAAGAAGAGCCGAAGUAUUCCACAGAGGAUUAUUCAGAAACCCAAAGAGGAACAGAAUCUCUUUUAGAGAAGAAUACACUCCUCAUUCCCAAAGAAACCACUUCUUUUAAUAGCAAUGAAUAUAUGGAUGAAGGUCAAAAUAUAUCCUUACAAGAUUCAAAAUAUCAGUCAACACCAGAUAAAAAAACAGAUAUGCUAAAUAAUAGUCAGAGGUUGAAUAGAGAAGAAAAUGAUCUAAAUUCUGCUUUAGAAAAUUUAAGUAACUCAUUAAUGGGUAAACUUAAUGACACAGAUGCAAUAAUGUUAAAAUCCUUUUUAAAACAUAUGUUUAAUAUUUUUUUCAAAUAUAAUCAGUCUGAAAGAAGACAACCAGGGAAAGAAUUAGAAAGACUAAUUCAGCAUCCUUUUCCAAAUAACACAGAAGACCUAGAAGAAAUUAGAGAGAAUUUUGAUAAAACAGAUAAAUUAGACAGAAAACCUAUGUUGAGUCCAAAGCUGUGUGUAUUUCUAGAAGAACUCUCGGAGUUAGAAAUUAAAAAUUUAAAAUCUGAACUAAGUAAACAUAUCCAACAUUACCUUGUAGAAAGACUUUCAGAAUCUGGACACAUCACCAAAGAAGACUUACCAAAAAUCUACCAAAAUCUGUAUUUGAUGAAUGAGAAAGUGGAACCAAAAGGGCAAAAUAUUUUUCUGGAAAAAUAUUCAGAAACUGUAAAAGAAAUCAUGUCUUUUGUAAAUAAUUUUAAUCAUCAUUUCAUAGAUAAACAUUUGGAAAUAAAGCUAAGAUCUUUCUUAAAUGAAAUUCUCCAAAACUAUUUCCUAAAAAACCUUUCAGAAAGCAGUUUAUUUAGAGAGACAGAAUCUGAGACUAUCAACUCAAACAUGUCUUCUCUAAGAACUAAAAGUGCCUCCAUAUCAUUUCAUGAGUUAGGACAAGAUAUUUCAAGGGGGAGUUUUGGGAAGAGACUUGAAUUAAACAUGAAAUACCCCUUAAAUAAAUCUCUACAAAACUAUCUUACAGGUUUAUCAGAAAAUGAACUAUUAAAUCUAAAAGCUGAUUUAAGCAAACACUUCCAGAGCCUUUUAAUAGAAAGACUUUCAAAAUCAGGACUAAUCACAGAAAGGCAAUUAGAGGGGCUCAACCAGUGUAUAAAUUUGAUCAAUUCUAGUUCCAUACCAUUAAAAUGUAUAAAGCCAGAUUUAUCUUCUAGAAAUGAAAACCAAUUUAUGGAGGAGAAUUCAGAAAAGCAAAAUAAAUAUUCAAAAAUUGUUCAAAAAACUACUCUACAAAAAGAUCCUGAGGGGAGACUUGUAGAAACAGAACUAACCAAAAAGGAAGAAAAGGAAUAUUUUUCCUUACAGAAUAUUAAGGAAAAUCCAUCAAUAAUUGGGGAACAGAAAAGACACUAUCCUAAAGAAGGAGCCAAACCCCUGAGAUUAAUUAAAGUACAACCUUCUUUCAUCAGAAAUACCCAAGCGAUUCCAUUAAAUAAGUCAUCAGAAAGACUUACAGAUAUAGUGCUUAAGAAACAAAGGAAAGAACAUGGUUUCAUGCAGCUUUCUCGAGCAGAAAAUUAUUUUAAAACAGAAAUUCAAGACUCACAUGGUUGGAGUGGUAAAUCAAAAGCAACUCAGUCAAAUAUUUGCCUUGAAAGGACACUAAAAAUGAAGUCCCUUGAAAAAAGGGAGCAUAAUCUCUAUAAACUGAUGGCACAGGAAAAACCGGAAGCAGUACUGUCUCCAUAUCCAAGAAUUCCUAAUUACGAAAUGUCAAGUGAAAAUGAAGAAUAUAUAUACAAAUACAAUUUUCCUUCCAGGCAGAAUAACAUUUUAAGUUAUUUCAGUUUAGAGGUUGGGGAGAAAUCAAAGCUAGAAGACCAGUAUAUUCAGAGGUUGAAAGGAAAUAAUAAUAAUAAUAAAAAACAUCUAGUAACAUUGGCACAAUACAGAAAAAUACAUACUCUUUCUGUACGGACAAAUGGAAUUUGUAAUGAAAAGCAUGCCAGGUUCCCUGAAUCACAGUCGUUUAAAUACAAAGGUGUGGAAGCUGAGAAAAACUCAAAACCAUCCCUCUUCCCAGAAGUAUUAAAGAGAGAAAAUCUAAAGCCCAAGGUCCGAAAAGAAAGAGACCAUGGCAACAAACAGAAGAAGUCCUUCAGCAAGAUGGUUAAGAUACUACCAGCCUCACUGCCCUCCGCGAAAAUUCUAAGGAAAUCUGUUCCAAGGACAUUGCUUCACUGGACCGCGAGAACAACUAUACAUGAUUGUUCGGAUAGAUUUGAGGAUAUACCCGUGACCUCAUUUAAGCAUGUUGAGCAAGCAAAAUCAAGAACAAGGCUUUUAGGAAAAAGCCCGGAUGAUAACCAUAAUCAGUUAAAACACUUUGCAAGACCGAAUACUGCUCCAGAGGUUCACAAACGGCGAGAGAGCUACAACGGAAAAUUAACAAGUCCUCGAAUGAUUUCAGCAGGCUUAGUUCACAUAAAUGAUGCAAUCCCAGAUUAUGAAAUCCAGAAAAUGAGGCAAAAAAAGAAAUUAAAAGAGAAUAUUGAAAAGUGUUCGUUCAUUUGUGAUAUUAUACAAAUGUUAAAAGUUCAGAAUAAUAUGUAA